CUUAGAUUUUGAAUAAACAACAUGAAAUACUUCGUAUUCGUCUGCGUUGUUAUCAUGAAGGUGGCAAUUUUAACCCCAACAGAUGCAGAUGUGAGAUCUGAAUUUCGAUCUAACAUUUACAAGCACCCGUAUCCUAGUUAUUUACCCAAGGAAGCGAUGGGUAAUCUACUCCAUGCACGCGAGCAUAAUUUUUAUGAAGAUUCCGUGGAAGCAACACGUACAUUUCUAAAUAGCAUUGCCAAUCCUGAGAUCUUAUCUGAGAUUUUUGCAACAAGAGCGGAAGGUGACGAACCAACCUGCUACGGACUAGUUUUAAAAACAGUCCUUGCCACCAUUGCAGGAAUUCCAUAUGCAAGACAAAUUGAUGAUUCCAGUGGCAGAGAAGAGAGUGGUCUACUGAGAGGAAAUUUUUAUUGGCUGGGAAAUUAUUACGAAUGUUUUGGUGCAACAAAUGGAAAAGAUAUUACAACGAAAAUGUGCACCGCCAUUUUUGCAGUUGGGCCGAAUACUACAAUCGGAUUACAACUUGGUGUUUGCUUCCCUGAUAUUUGUACUGAGAAAGAAAUCGAUGUUUUAUUGCAAACUCUGGUCGAUCCAAACAUGACAACAAUUCACAUUACUACACGCUGUCCGAAACCUGUCGUUUUUGAUGCACUUAACAUUACAACCAUCGUUAUCUUUUCAUUGCUCGGAGCUUUUGUAUUGUUCGGUACGAUAUACGAGGUAUAUUUUAUAAUUCAAAGACACACAAGACGUGAAACUGGUGAAAACGAAGGAGAGAAUUCAAGACAAUUAUCAGUGUUGUCCUCGCUCUCGAUGUCGUUCUCAGCCAUCAAAAACACAAAUACUCUAAUCGAUGUUACUCAGAAAGAUGGGAACAUACAUGUGCUCAAUGGUUUACGUUUUUUCAGCAUGACUUGGGUGAUAUUGGGUCAUACAUUUUCCCUGUCUCUUGGACUGACCGAUAACACUGUGGAUUUCGCAGACUUUACGCUUGACUACGGAUCUUUUCAGGUCAUCGUCAAUGGCGUUUUAGCAGUUGAUUCUUUCUUUUUUCUAAGUGGUUUAUUGGUGGCUUAUCUUGGUUUGCGAGAAAUGACAAAACGCGGUGGAAAACUAAACGUACCGUUGAUGUACUUAAGUCGAUAUUUGAGGCUCACACCAACAUUGGCACUGACAAUACUUGUUAUGGUUUCUAUCGCACCUAUGAUCGUGGAAGGGCCCUUGGAACCUGUUGCUGUUGAACCACAAUUAGAUAUAUGCAGAAAAUACUGGUGGACAAAUAUUCUUUACAUCAACAACUUUUAUCCGGAAGAUUUCGCAUUUUCGUGCAUUCCUUGGGCUUGGUAUCUUGCAAAUGAUAUGCAGUUUUAUCUACUGUCGCCUCUAUUUCUUAUUUUACUCUAUAGUUAUCCUAAAGUCGGACUUGGGCUUAUGGGAGGCGUUGUUUUAGCCAGUAGCGCAAUCGUAGGAAGUUUGUCAACACAUUUCGGAGUAUAUCCAAACUCUUUAGUUUAUGGAUUUUUAAUGAGGUUAAUAUCACAGGCCGCAUCUCUUUCUCCUACAUUCAAUUCAACUAGAUCAGAUCCAGCACCUGAAGGUGGUGGUAAUGAUUACUUCAGCGAUAUUUACACUAAACCCUGGUGCCGAAUCGGAGUUUACAUGAUUGGGAUGGCAACUGGAUAUAUUUUAUUUGUAACAAAAGGAAAAAUAAGAAUGCAAAAGUGGUUUGUAACUCUUAUGUGGUUGGCAGUAGCCGCGAUAGAGCUCGCAGUAAUUUAUGGAUGGACAGGAACUGUUAUGUACUCAGAUAUUGGAGAUUAUCCAUCUCAGAACUUGGCCUCAUUUUAUAACGCCGUGUGCAGACCAAUUUGGGCAUUCGGGCUUUCGUGGUUAACAAUUGCAUGUGUGUCAGGAUAUGGCGGGCCUAUAAACUCAUUUCUUAGUUGGAAGUUUUUUAUUCCGUUGAGCCGUUUGACAUUUUGUGCAUAUCUUAUUCAUCCAAUUGUACUUACGUAUAUGUACGCUUCCAGAGAGUUUGAGUUACAUUUUGCACUCAACAUCAUGAUCUACUAUUUUCUGGCUACGUUACUGUUAUCGUACGGUUUUGCCUAUCUCCUGCACUUGAUCAUAGAAGCACCAGUGGGUGGAAUUCAAAAAAUUAUUUUUCCGAGUAAAAAAAGACCUGAAAUUACAUCUGAAAAAUGUAAGACAGAAAUGAAUGGCGAUGCCGUGGUUGUUGGACAAAUGAAUCGCCAUGUUGAUAAUGUCUCUGUAAAUGGAUUCGCAUCGUCAUCUCUACGUUCCGAGAAACAAGGAAUAGAAAAUGCCAUUGUGCUAGAAGACGCAACUGUAAUUGACAAAUUGUGAAACAUAUGUUUAUGUGCAGUUUUCUCAGUAAUAUAAUUUUUAACUCAAAUCCAUAAUCACAUCGCAGAUAACAAUCAAUUCCCAGUUGAUAAAUCAAAGCAAAUAGACAGAAGAUAUACAUUGAUUGUCGAUUGUAAUAGCAUUUGAUCCAUGUCUGGGUAUUUCAUAUGAUGUUUAUAACAAGACACAAUUAAGCAAUAGGUGCACUGUAGUUUUAUAUAGCUUCCUAGUCUUUAAGAAUUUUAAUCAUUUGAUCCAGUACAUCUUGACUAAUUAAAUCAUGCUAAGUGAGAAAGUUUAGAAUCUAAAAAUUUCAUAGGCCCGGAAAUAUUUAUCUUAAAAUCGAUAUCUGACAAAAAAAAAUUAACAGGUUUUGGUAAUCUCUCUGUAACGUGACGAUAUGAAAAUUUGAAUUUAGCAAUAUAUGGAUUGUAAUUUUAACCGGUCCUAAAAAAUUCUGUCCACGGGAUGGGUUUCACCUAUGAAGAAAAUUCAAAUACUGAUAGUAUAUUAUUUAAUAUACAGGAACUAGAUAAUACAGGAAUUUAAUCAUAUUAAGUUAAUCAUACAACAAUUUAUUGACAAAGUCUCGAUCAAUUUUUCAAUCGUUUUUGGGAAUAGAAUAUGGUAUACUCAUAAGAUCAACUUUGGUAGAAAGUACUUUAAUGACUUGCAGCAGGGACCAAGAAAAUUAAGAUCAUUAAUUAUCAAGAUUGUUUCAUGAAUCACUAAAUUGCUGCUACUUUGUAUACAAUUGUAUACAACUCUUUUAAAUAAGUUUUAUGAGACGUAUAAAAUUGAGUUGCUCCUAAAGUUUGUUUUUGAAAAUGCUUCAUAUAUAUUUAUACAAAUAAUACUGAAGAACAAUUUUUGUAUAAUCUUUCAAUAAAACGAAUAAAAGUGUAUAUAUAUAUAACGAUUACAUAGAGAACAGAGACUUUCACCAGUUGAUUUGAUGUUCAGAAACUUAAUAAUAUUUGCUUCCUGUCUGCGAAAGCCGUGACUACAGUGAUUAAUUUUCUAUAUUUGUGAACAGGCUUAUAAAUUUAGCUCAA